GCUGUUGCUGACCGUCGCCUUCGCCGUGGUUAUCGCGGGUACCGGCGCAUCAUCAGCAUAUAUCACCAUUAUACUAGGGAGGAACUCACGCAGCAGCAGCAGCAGCAUCGCGUAGAUAACGAGCUGAAAUGCGGCCCCCUCAGUCUCGGCAACCACCAGAUAGAUGGCAACAUGAGACCGUGCUCGUGGGCGCGUCGUUGGCAGCAGGCUGCAGAAGCUGGAAGCGGUCAUGGGGGAUAUUCUGGAACCUGCUUCGGCGGCACAACCAGAGCCAAAAGUGGGGUGGCGCAAAGACUGGAGGCAGCGACAGCAGCAGCUCGGCUUUGUCGGCGCUACUCCACGGAUUAUAUCUCGAGAGGGGCUCGUUCCUUGCCGAGCAGCGCAGCGCAGCCAGACAUGAGCUCACAGGGUUGUGCGCCUCGAGACGGGGACAAUUCACCUGGUCCGUGUAACUUUUUGAUAGAGUAGCGCUGGGAGGUCCUUGGAUAGG